UUUUUUUUGUUCUGUCUCAAAUCCUUAUAAAAGCUCGAUAUAAUUGCGAUCAAAUCAGUUUGGUUACGGUCUCUAACGAAUCCAAAAGCCAAAAUGAUUCCUACUUUCGUGCUCUUCGUUUUAAGCAUAAUGCAUGCUCAUGCUGUUCCUGAAGGUGCACCAUUUGCAUACCAAGGGUAUCAACCCAACUUUUUAAUACCAAUAAAUACAGCUCAGGCAACAACCUACACCAGCAAUGCGCCUGGAGACGCUUAUGACACAAGCAUUUUAAGGCGCUCAUGUACAGGCAUAGGAUCAUGUGCAGGCAUAGCCUCAUCCAGAGGCCCAGGAUCAUGCUCAGGCCCAGGAUCAUGCUCUGGCUCAGGAUCAGGCUCAGGUCCAGGGUCAUGCACAGGCACAGGAUCAUGCACAGGACAAAACUCAGGCAGUGGCCCAGGGUCAUGCGCAGGCCCAGGAUCAUGCUCUGGCGCAGGAUCAGGCUCAGGCUCAAGAUCAUGCACAGGCUCAGGAUCAUGCUCAGGUUCAAGAUCAGGCUCAGGCUCAGCAUCAUGCUCAGGCUCAGCAUCAUGCUCGGGCUCAGGAUCAGGCUCAGCACCAGGAUCAUGCUCAGUCGCAGGAUCAUGCUCAGGAUCAGGAUUACGUUUUGGCAUUACCUUUGGUGGAAACACAUUACAAACUAGCUCUGGAUCUGGCUCAGGCUCAGGCUCAGGCUCAGGUUCGGGCUCAGGCUCAGGCUCAGGCUCAGGCUCAGGCUCAGGAUCAGGAUCAGGAUCAGGAUCAGGAUCAGGAUCAGGAUCGGGCUCAGGCUCAGGCUCAAAAUCAGCAUCAGGCUAAGGCUAAUGCUCGGGAAACAGCAAAAGAGGAACUAGCUCUUUUAGAUAUACUAAGUUUUUGUAAGAUUUCUAUCUAGAGAUCCGUAUAGCUUUCAAAUCCCACUUAUCGAACCAGUCAAUGAAACUGCCAGCAGCCAUUCGCAAUCAAUUUAGAUUUUACUAAACCGAUAUUAAUAGGUAAGCAAACAUUAAAAAAAUCAAUCCAUGUAUUUAAGCAAAUAUAUUAAUAAAUGAAUAAAGCAAG